AUGAUGGGCAGAGGCAAAGAAGAUUACACUGGCAAAGACGUGCUGAUCCUGGGAGGUGGAGAUGGGGGCAUUUUAUGUGAAAUAGUCAAACUGAAACCAAAGAUGGUCACUAUGGUAGAGAUUGACCAAAUGGUGAUUGAUGGAUGUAAGAAAUACAUGCGAAAAACAUGUGGUGAUGUCUUAGACAAUCUUAAAGGAGACUGCUAUCAGGUUCUAGUAGAGGACUGUAUUUCGGUACUGGAGAGGUACGCCAAAGAAGGGAGAGAGUUAAAAAAAAAGAAAGAAAGAAAGAAAGAAAGAAAGAAAGAAAGAAAGAAAGAAAGAAAGAAAGAAAGAAAGAAAGAAAAGAAAAGAAGAAGAAGGGAGAGAGUUUGA